ACCAUCCAUUCAUUCGCCCGCGCGCCACCGCCUCCGUUCCCCUCGAUCCCAUUCCGUCCUCGCCCUCCCGCAUUCCUGGAGGUUGCCGUCCGUCGAGCGCUCGGGGGGGUCGAAGGAAGCGGGCGGAAUUGAUGAUGGCGCGGGCGUCGACGGGGGCGAUGGACGCCGCGGCGGUGGACGAGGUGCUGCGGCGCCUCGUUGAGGGCGGCCGCGGCGGGAGGCAGGUGCAGCUGUCGGAGGCCGAGAUCCGCCAGCUCUGCGUCGAGGCCAAGCAGGUGCUGCUCGCGCAGCCCAAUCUCCUCCGCAUUCACGCGCCCGUCAAGAUCUGCGGUGAUAUCCACGGUCAGUUUGUUGAUCUUCUGAGGCUAUUCGAUUUGGGUGGUUAUCCUCCAGCUUCAACUUAUAUUUUCCUUGGAGACUAUGUGGAUAGAGGCAAACAAAGCUUAGAAACCAUAUGUCUGCUUCUGGCAUACAAGUUGAAGUACCCUGAUAAUAUAUACCUUUUAAGGGGGAACCAUGAAGAUGCAAAAAUUAACAGAGUAUACGGUUUCUAUGAUGAAUGUAAAAGGAGAUUCAAUGUUCGACUGUGGAAGAUAUUCUGUGAUUGCUUCAACUGCUUGCCUAUGGCAGCACUUAUUGAUGACAAAGUACUAUGCAUGCAUGGUGGCCUCUCACCUGAAUUGAAUAGCUUGGAUCAAAUAAAAGAUAUUGAGAGGCCUACCGAAAUUCCUGACUAUGGCCUUCUGUGUGAUCUCCUUUGGUCUGAUCCUAGUCCUGAUACAGAAGGGUGGGGGGAGAGUGAUAGAGGUGUUUCUUGCACUUUUGGUGCAGAUAAGCUUGUAGAAUUCUUGGAGAAGAAUGAUCUUGACCUUGUGUGCCGAGCUCAUCAGGUGGUAGAAGAUGGCUACGAGUUCUUUGCAGAGAGAAGAUUAGUGACGAUCUUUUCAGCUCCAAACUAUUGCGGUGAAUUUGACAAUGCAGGUGCUCUAUUGAGCAUAGAUGAAAGCUUAAUGUGUUCUUUUCAGAUAUUGAAGCCAAAGGAAACAGGUGCACCACAUUCAAGGAAACCCCUUCCAAACAAGACACCAAAAGGAGAAAACGUCUAACUUGUACUCAGUUACGUAGUCACUAUUGUUGUCAGCUCCAAGGGGGUGAUCUUAUUAUGUCUCGGAUCCACCAGGGCAUGGCAUUAGCGUUCUACAGUCUAUUUCUCCUACCCUUUGGAGUGCCAGGGCCUACAUCAUCGCUGAAUUGUGUAGACUCAAUCGGCAGCACUUACAUUCUUCUGUACAGCUGCAAUGUUUCUCUCGGGCAUUUAAUCCUUUCUUAGCUUCUCUAUAGUUACCUCGCCACCGCUGCAAUGUUUGGUCUGGUGGACAGGUGUUGGGUGCAGUAGUGUUUUUUGUUAGUUAUUCUAGUGAUGUUUCUUUGCCUGAUCACUUUGAGAUUUGUUUGCCUGUGUAUGUUCUUCAGGCUAUGUUAUAUAUGCAUCGUGCAUUUGUGUAAUUCUAUUCAUUUCCACGUAAAUGCUUUUGUGUACCAAAUCUGCCUUUGCAUCAAAAAAUAAAAUAAUGCUUACUGUAACAGUCACCCAUUAUAUGUGGUGUAACAGUGCAAUAUAUCUGUUUGUGUGUGGUCAUAAACUCCAAAAAGAAAUGAUGCAUCGAAGGAAAGAAAAAAGGAUUAACAUUUCGGUCUGGUACAUGUAUUUCUAUUUCAAGAUAACAAUAUACCUUGUUUCCCCACUAUGUAUGACAUUCCUUAGCCCUUGUUUAGAAUGCUGGAAUCAUGCAUCAGUUUUGUUGAAAUUCCACGAAAAACUAAUUUCAUUCCUAUAGCUGACCAAAAACAUUCUUGCGUUCCAAAAGGUCCCCUACUUUGCUCGUAAUUUCACAAAUAUUAGAGAAUUAGAAAAAGGACUUCGCACAAUCUAAAAAAGAGACUCCGCGAUAUAGCUUGGCUACAUUUAUUACCACAGGAGAGGUCUCAAUAUAUUCAACUUAAUGACCGAUAGACAUUCCAACAACAGUAACACUUGUCUACUUCAUGGUACACUCUCCGUGCGCUUCAUUUUCUUGCAUCCUAAAAAAGUGGCACAUCCGAUCGAAAGAAAAUGAAAAAAAA